AGCUGGGCCCAGCCUCCGCUCCGGGCUGGUGGGCUGUGGCGGACCUGAGAGGGAUCCGAAGGCCCAGUCACUUCUCGGCUGGGAGCUGGCCGCCUCCAUGGCCUCCGGACUGGCCAUGCCGGUCGGCACAAGCUCCUAAGAGCUGGGAUUCUGGGAGGCAGGGAGCAUGGUGGGGGUCCUUGCCAUGGCGGCUGCUGCUGCUCCCCCUCCUGUGAAGGACUACGAGAUUGAGCCUUGCAAAAAGCGAAGGAAAGAUGACAAUGACAGAUCUUCCUGCAAAACAAUUACAAAAUAUUUAUCACCGAUAGGAAAGACUGGAGACAGGGUUUUCUCUCCAUCGAAAUCCAGUAAUAUUAUGCAUUACUUUAGGAAGACUUCACCUGUGAAUGAAAAGUUACAAUCAGCAAAAGACUGCAAGAUAAACUCAUCUUCACGAUCACCUACUGACAAUAACAGUGACUGUAAGACAUCUCUGGAAAUGUUCUCAAAUACAGAGCUGAGAAAGAAAAGAAAGAGGAGGGUUAAUCUAUCUCACCAAUUAAAUAAUAUUAAAACUGAGACUGAAUCUCCAAUUGAAAUUAGUAGAGAGGAUAGUAGGGAUGACUUUAGUUUAAAUAAUGAUUUUGUGGGGACAACUACAUCUGUUUUACUUCACAAGAAACAUGUAGAGGUUGUUGCAGAAAGUAGUCAAGAUAGCAGAAACCAAUCAAAUACUAUAACCACCUAUAAGAGUUUUAAGAAAGUGAAUCCUAAACAAGGCACCACAAAAAAGGAUUGCAAAAGGUUGAGGAAAAGGAAGCACAGAGAUGUAAUUGAUGUACCUGAAAGCUUACCAUUGGCAGAGGAACGGAAAGAUUGUAAAUAUGGUAAACAGACAAUGCCUUCUCUAACUCAUGAAAUUGAGAGUGUUACAAAUUAUGCUAAUGCUAGUGAUCAUGAAGUGGUCCAUUUAAACGAUAGUACAAUAACUGUCUCAUAUGAGGAAUUUUUAAAAAGUCACAAGGAAAGUCAGGGGCCACAGAUACCAGACUCUACAAUGUCAAUUUGUGUUUCUUCUGACACAGUUGAAAUGGCCAAAAGUGAUUAUAUAAGUGAACCAGAAAACUCUGACAUAUCUCAGCAGGUACACUUUAAGACAGUUACCGUCCUUGCACAAGUUCACCCCACUCCCCCGAAAAAGAUAGGGAAAAUACCUGCAAUCUUCUUGAAACAAAAGCAGUUUGAGAUGGAGACUAGUUUUUCUGAUCCUGAGAAUGAACAGACAGUUCAGAAAAGGAAAUCUAAUGUUGUGAUACAGGAGGAAGAACUUGAGUUGGCUGUGUUGGAGGCUGGAGGUUCAGAAGCUGUGAAACCAAAGUGCAGCCUAGAAGAGAGACAGCAGUUUAUGAAAGCAUUUAGGCAGCCAGUGUCCGAUGCACUUAAAAAUGGAGUAAAAAAAUCUUCAGAUAAGCAGAAAGACCUAAAUGAAAAAUCUUCGAAUGAGGGAGAAAGGGAGAACAGUAAAAAAGCCAUGGAAAAUUUUAGUGGUCAAAUGGUUUCAAGUACUGGCAGUUCACAGUCACAGAUUGAGAAAGGAAAUUUUCCUAAGGAAAAACGUAAAAUGUUAAAGAAAAAGGGUAAGAAAACAGAUAUUAGGGCUACGUCAGAUGAAAACAGAGAAAGUAAUUCUCAAAUGAGAGAAACAACCUUUUCCUUAAAAAGGAAACAACAUCAAAAUAAGCAUAGAAUGAAUUUAAGACGAAAGAAAUCAGAAGUUUUCAAAAGCAGUACACUAUUUAACAGUGGAAGUCUUGUUCGUGAUGACCUUUUAAAAAUGCCUCUGAGUGAUCAUACAUCAAGAAAAACCAGCACACCAAUUAAAGACAAGAUUUUGCAUUCUAAAGCUGAAGCUGAAGACGAGCUGAUAUAUCUUUCUACACACAAACCAACCAGGAGAUCUCUAAGAAGUAGAAACAUACAUACUUCAGUAACUGUUAGAGCUACUGAUUCUGAAGAUACACGAGACAGUAGUCCAGUUAAAAAAUUCAGCCCAUCAGAAAAGCAUAGCCUGUACACUGCAGAGUUAAUAACAGUAUCCUCAGAUUCAGAGAGUCCUAUCAGAAUGAAAUUCAUCAGAAUUACUACUCCUAGAAAAGCAAAGAAAAAAUCUAGGAAAUUUGAAACAACUGAUGAAGAUUUUACUUCUCAGACUAGAAAGGCAAGCAGUACUUCAAAUUUAUCAAAAGCAAAACAAUUGAUUGAAAAGGCAAAAGCUUUACAUAUCAGUAGGUCAAAGACUACUGAAGAAAUUGUGACACCUUUAAGGCGUUCCUCUAGACGUCUGGAAAAGGAGAAAUCACCAAAAUCAGAUGACUCCGUAAUACUAAUAGACUCAAGUCCUACUUGUUUAAAAAAGCCAGAAAAAAAACAGAAGAAACUUCAGUGUUUGAAUGAUGUGCUAGGAAAAAAGCUUAACAAGUCUUCCCAAAAUGUACCUGGAAAAAUCAAAGUUGCUCCUUUAUUUCUUGCUAGAAAGCCUCAAAAAACAGCCAAUACUGUCAUUGGUUUUGAUGAAAGCAGUCAAGAUCCACCUGAAAAAUCGCAGGAUUGUGAUGUGCAGUUUAAAGCAAAGCGUGAGUUUCUCAUGAGUGGCUUGCCAGACUCUUUGAAACGACAGAUUGCGAAGAAAGCUGCUGUACUAGAUAUGUACAAUGCAGCGAGUGCCAGUUUCCAGAGAGUUGUUCAUAUUCAGCAAAAAGAUGAUGGGUAUUGGUUAUGGCAUUUGAAACCACCCUCUUGUCCUCUGUUAACCAAAUUUAGAGAACUGAGUACUAAAGUAAUAAAUCUUCCAAAACGUGUCAUUGCUCUGGGUGAAUUUUCAACAUUGAAUUCAAAUAUGGAAAGUAAUUUUGCUGUCUUGUUUACAAGAACAAGGAAGGAUUUUACUAAAGAUGUGAGAAAUACUUUGCUGGAGGAAAUUCAGUGGUCCAAUCCUAACUUUGCUUUGGGAAAAUAUUUUCCCUUGCUUCUACAGAAACGAAUUGAGCACCAGGUGCUCUCUGAGGGCCCUGGCAACCAAGAAUGCCCACAAUUGGAGCCUGAUGUCAAUCAAAAAGAAACCAAAAGGAAACGAGUGGAAACAGGACAUCAGAAGUCAAAAAGAAAAAAGCCAAAUGAAUAUCAGUCAGGUCCAGAAAAGAUAAAUGGAAAGUCAGAAAAAUUUGACAAAAGAAACAUCUCUUUUGGGAUAAAGCCAGAUUCUUCCAAAGGUAUAUUUUCUAGAACUCUGAAGAAGAAACAGACUGCUUUUGAGCACAACAU